AUGACAAAACUCAACAUCAAGAUCGUUGUGGCCUUGACUAUUGUAGUUAUGGUAUAUGGAUCUUUGCCCGCCUUUGCUAUUGAAGGAGGAGAAGCGAAGCAGUUUUGGGAUAAAUGUCUCACCAAAAUGUCUCCAAAGUGUACGUUGGAUAUAGUUGAAGAGAUUUUCUGGAACGGGACAGUCUCCGAUAUUUGCUGUCGCGAGCUUGUCGAAGAAGGGAAGCUCUGCCAUGACACUCUGAUCAAAUACAUGGCCGAUAGACCAAGUUUCAUUGCACGUGAACCCGAAUAUUUGGCAAAAAAAGACGUUUUAUGGGCUCGUUGUGUAUCGGUCAAAACAACUGUUUAA